UUAACAUUUGACAAUUGAAAGUUUAGAUAAUCAGCUGAGCACAAGAAACAAAAAGAUGAAAUUCACUAUCCUUUGCGCAUUCGUUGUACUUUUGGUUGCUCAAGCCACGAUUACGACAGCCACACCAGUCGAGAAACAGGUGGAAAUUGUACGUCAGAAUAUCAAUGUUGCGCCAGAAAGCUACAAAUUCGGUUUCGAGACAAGCGAUGGCACACAACAUGAUGAGGAGGGUGAGCUGAAAAAUGUUGGAACUGACGAUGAGGCAAUCGCUGUGAAGGGCUCCUACAAAUAUGUAGGCGACGACGGUAUCACCUAUCACGUGAGCUACACAGCCGAUGAGAAUGGCUAUCAGCCAGUGGGCGAACAUUUGCCGAAAGUUUAAAUGCAUAAUUUUGGUUGAGUGCGUUUGCUUGUUAGUGUUUAAAUGAGCACCGUUGUUAAAAGGCAAAAUUUAUUUUUAUAUGUGUCAUUUGUUACUAUUGUUGCUGAGCACACAAAACAAAAUGCAAAAAAAAACUUAAAAAAAAAAAUGUUUUGAAAUAAAAGUCAUGUUUUUGACACUGACUGAGA